AUGAACGACAACGACCGCGCAGCCGCUGGCCGGCCGGGCCGCUCGUCGCCAUUUCCCUCCGUCGCAUCAUCAUCAUCGUUAUCGACUCCUUUUCUCUCCGCUCCAUUGCAACCACAUCCACAGCGUCUCGGCGGCACGCCACCACUGCACCUGACCGCCCGCUUCCUCUCCCUCCCUGACGUUCACAUCGACAUACCCGACCCCGGCCGCGUCACCGUCGUUGGCCUCAAGACGCUGAUUCGCAAGCAGCUCGAGCAAGCCGCGGCCGAUGCUAACAACAAGGUGAUUGCAGACACAAAAGGAAACGAAAAAGGAAAAGAAAACGAGCACCCGUCCUCCUCGCCCACCCUCCACGAUGCCCACCGCCGACGCCUGCGCAUCAUCUACGCCGGCAAGAUCCUGGCCGACGACGUGAUCCUGGGCCACGUCCUGCGUCCUGUGCCGCCGCCUCCGCGCGCCGGCCGCUCGCCCUCGGUGUCGACCUCCGCUGCCUCGACGCCUGUUGGCAAUCAGUCCACAAAUACCAGCACCGCCGCGCCAUGGGCAGGGACGGAUACGCCACCGUCGGCGUCACCGGUCGAGGGCGUGGUGGGCCGGGUCUACGUGAACUGCAGCAUCGGCGACAUUUUGCCCGAGAGCGACCUCGCCGCCGAAGCCGAUGCCGCAGCCAUUGCCACAGCUGCAUCCGCAGCCGCCUUGCACCACAACCGCGGCGGGUCAUCCGCCGUAUCUGGCAUAUCCGGCGCCUCGACGCCCGGGCCACGGGGCGGUGCCAUGCGCCUCGAACCCAGCCACCGCCGGGGCGCGAGUGGCGGUGGCGGAGGAGACGCCGGCAACGGCAGCAACCAUGCUGGACCGUCUUCGGAAACCCAGCAUCCGCCACAGGCGGGCCACGCCGGCCGCAGCACAACGACCAUGCCGGCCCCGCGCGGCUUCGAGCGCCUGCUGCAAGCCGGUUUCACCGCCGCCGAGGUCAACCAGCUGCGCCUGCAGUUCAACACCAUCCAGUCCAAUCGCUUCACGCCCGACACCAUGCCGUCGCCCGACGCGCUGCGCACCAUGGAGGACAACUGGCUGGACAAUGACCAGAACGCCAACGGCACGGCCGCUGCGCCCGCGUUUGGCCGUGGCGGCGGCGGUGCGGGCGGCGGCGACGACGGCAUGCCGCCUGUCGAGGACACGGGCCUGCCCAACAUGCUGGACACCAUGGUGCGCGCCAUGGUCAUUGGCUUCAUGUUUCCGCUCGGCAGCAUGAGCUGGCUGAUGCGCGAGGAAGGACUGUGGACGCCACGCUGGCGCAUGUUUGUGAGCAUGGGCAUCGUCGUCAGCCUCAUGAUUGGCUCCGUCAAGACGCUGGCCCGAGAGUGGUAA